CUAUUUCCUUAAUAUAAAGAGUAUUAUAAGUGACGGAUCUAAUGACUGCUAAGACAUAAGUUCAUUUCCAUUUAAAGUGUGAACCACGCGCAUUUGCUCAACCACAAAGAGUUAAUCAGGAGGGAAGAACCACGAAUUAUAAUUAGUUCAGCAUCAACUUAUCUACAUGGAGCUCCUCUGCUCACUGAACUUCCUACUGCACAAUAUUCACUCCAAAGAGCUAACUCCAUAUCCCUUUGUUUCCUCUCUGGAACUUUUUUUUUUGUUUCCUCUGCAAAAAAGUCAACAAUUCAGCACAAAGGCAUCAGGAGUCACGCUGACACGUUGUGACAGAAUCACACAUCUACACGGGAUUCGUCCCAUUCCGAAAACGCCUGACCAGCAAACGCCAGAGGCCACGCAUCCAGCGUCACAGCCGGCGCGGCCUGAGAGAGACUUGCCCCUCAGAGUCCGCAACCUGCGGGCAAAGUUUCCUACUGCGGCCUGGGACAGAGGUGACAGAAAAUGACAAUGAGAACAACCCUCGCUUUGCUCUUCCUUGGCCUCUUUGGGCUCCUGGAGGCAACAACCAUCGCAUGCAGAAAUGAAGAAGGUGACGCUGUGGACUGGUAGGUUUACCUUUUAUAAGUUACCUAAAAGGCAAGACAAGGAAGAUGGAGAGACGGGGUUAGAAUACCUGUACCUAGACUCUACCAUUAGAAGCUGGAGGAGAAGUAAGCAACUAAUGAACAGCACCAAGAGUGUUCUGGGAAGAACACUGCAGCAGCUAUAUGAAGCAGAUGCCUCUGAGAGUAACCGUACAGCCUAUCUAAUAUACAAUGAUGCAGUCCCUAAAUCUGUGAAUUACAGCAGAAAGUACGGACACACCAAAGGCUUACUGCUGUGGAACGGAGCCCAGGGAUUCUGGCUGAUUCAUUCUAUUCCUCGGUUUCCUCCGAUUCCAGAAGAAGGCUAUGCUUAUCCGACCACAGGGAGACGCAAUGGACAAAGCGGCAUCUGCAUAACUUUCAAGCACCGCCAGUAUGAAGCCAUAGCUUCUCAGCUCCUGGUGUGCAAUCCAAACAUCUAUAGCUGUUCCAUCCCAGCCACCCUUCUCCAGGAGCUCAGCCACAUGGCCCGGCUCUGCACUACGGCCAGCUCCCGGGAGAGUCCCGUCCGCCGUGUCGCCACACUGCGGUCGGCCCAGGGACACAGUUUCCUCCAUUUUGCAAAGUCUGAUUCUUUCCUGGACG